CUGCUUUUAUUUUCUGCUUGAGACUUGCCUAAAAUAAAUUCCAGACAUUUGAGAAAGUAAUUUAACUGGAGAGACUUUGUAACACUUUUGCAAAAAGAAAAUAUUUUCUGCAGGGCUUGAAGAAAAGAAUAGCAUUAAAUUGAUAAUCUGUAAUAAUCUGUACACCACCUUUGGUUCUAUAAUGGAAGAAAGUCAGGAUAUAAAAGCAACAAAGAAAAAAAAAGGAAAACAGCAUUAGUAACUGCUGCACCCAUUACUUAGUUGGAUAGAGGUGGUUGGGUGCAAGACUGGAAAAGUGAUUUUAAUAACUAGGGCCAGCAUCACAUUUUGGGGUUGCCUUUGUCAUAGUUUUAAAUGCCAGACUUAAAUUUGUAGGCGCUUGGCUACCAGGUGCUUGGGAGUCUUCCAACAUUGGCAAGAUCCUGCCAACAGCUGAUCUCUCUAUCUAGUAUGUCUGUGAGUAAUUGGAAUAGUUUGGAACACAUUUUAUAUACCUUUGAAGUCUACCAUGUUUAAAGGACAACCAAGUAGCUACAAGUGCAGAGUAUAACACUUUUCAAAUACACAUUCUUAAAUGCCCAUAGCAUCCCCAUAGGAUUCCUGACAACUAUAGCUCAAUUCAGGACACCUUUGGAAUGGAAAAGGAAGACAGAUGUUGGUUAAUAGGGCAGAAGUAAUUUUAUUUCCCCAUAAACUAAUGUCUGGCUUUUCAGUAUUUAGCAAUUGUUAGAAACUAACUUGUAAAUAGUACUUUGAAUACGCCAUAGCAGUUUUUUAAAAAUAAAAAAUACAUAUUCGAUAUAUUUGUAGCAGGGCUCGAAAUUAGCAGGGUGCAUUUUGCACCCAAAGAUUCUCCAUUUGUGAGCACCUCAAAAAGCCUUGAGUGCCAUUUUUUUGUGCCUGGUUGUCACUCAAGGAUUACUGAAAUGUAUGUGCUUUGAAGCCUCAAAGUAUACGGUAAGAAUAGACAAUAUGUUAAGGAGUUUAACAAUAAAGAGUAGAGUGUUUUGAAAACAAGUACAGUACCAAUAUUUUUAUUGUAAACACCAAAUUGAACAUGUGCUAACAAUUUCUGCUAAAAUGUGAUAUUAACAAUGUGUCACUUAUGUGAAUUGCGUAUUAGUUCAUGCUUAUCAAAAUAAUAAAUAAGAAGUGUUGCUUAUUCCCCCCCCCGGGGGGGGCAACUAGACAUUCUGUUUUGGUGCCCACAUCUUGCUCCUAGCUAUUCUAUCCCUGUUUCUAACACUGCUUUGUAGCAAAUACGUUGACAUAUCUGAUAUAAUAUUGUUGUUAGAUUAUGAGAAGGUGGUACAGAAAUACUUUUAAAAGUAGCAUAAAUUUUACAGAAAAGAGAAUCCAAGAAUUUGCAAAAUGAGAGCAAAAAUAUAUAUAAGAAAAUACUGAAACCCAAAAAUAUAAAUUCUUAAGAGAAGGUAAAGCAGUUGCAACGACUGAGGAAUUGGUGGCAGCUGCUUGCGGCUAAAUGUUCAAAGAGACAUCAGUGAUACUGUGUCAUUUAAUAAAAGAGAUUGUUGGCCACGUAUACCCUGCAUUUAAAAAUGGUACCAAAAUAACCUAAAUGCAUAUAGGCGUCAGGAUGUAGAAGUUUGCAAACAAAAUCAUGCAGACAUUUGCAUUUUUAAUUUUACAUGCUUUUUUCGGUUACACAGAGGACAGUCCGCUGUGCAGGUCAAUGAACCCUUGCAUACUGAAGACUGCAGGACAUUUGAGGUCCUGGCCACUGGAAAUCUUUCUCAGCAGCCCCUCUAGCUUCUUCCAUUAGCAAUGCCUGCUGAUUUUUGAGCAUAGCAUAUAACUCUUAUGGGCUAGAAACUUACUUUUUAAAUUUACAGUAUAUAUAUCUUAGAUUCACAGAAUGUUGGCUAUGUUCCUUCAUAUGCUUGGUGCAGUUUUAUGUGUAUAUUUUUAGGAGCUAGAUAAUGUUUUGUGUGUAUUUUAACUUCUUUGUUUCUGAGUAAAUUGCAGCUGAUUCUUCUCCAAUGAGAUCUGUUGUGGCAAGUUGAUGCAUAUUUUAGUUACUGUACUUCUGGGAGUACUUAUCCUAUGCUAGGACAACUAUAUUAUUAGUAGUAAUCCCUAUUGGUGGUCGGUUUUAUAGUCUUAAAGUCUGGAUAGAUGGAUGGCACCAUAAUUCAUAGCUUGUAUGCUAUAAAUCACCUGAUUUGCUCUCAAAGUCUAGGAAGGCUGACAAUGAACUUUAAGCAGCAGUAAAAGAGUUCCUUCUACCAUUCCACGCUUUGAAAUUGUGAGAGGGAAAAGCACUUACAGUCUAUAGCGUAUUGUUUGAGCAUGCAGUGACAAUGCUGUAUGCUCACAAAUAGAAGCUGUGAUUUUUAAUAGACUUGCAUGUUUUCAGCUUUCGCGAUAAAGGCAGAGAAGUAAUUAAGCACCUGGAGGCCUGCCAGGUUCUAUAUAAGGUUUGUCCCCAGUAUUGUAGUUAGUGCUGGUAUGCCAAGUGUGUGUAGCACUGCUGUUUAGAGAAGGAAAGAAGAGGAUGGAAACAUGAAGGAAGCAGGAAUGUAUUUGCAUGCAGCCAAUCGGCAAUAUGCGGCUGUUCUUUUGGCUGACUUUCAAAAACCAGAAGAAAAGCAGCCACCGUGCUAAUUGUGGCUAGGUCUCGAAGUGAAAAUGUUUUGUGACAGUUGAAAGAAUUUAAAGAGGAAGGAAGAUCGGUUUAGUGUCAGCUGCAAUUAGAUAAUCAAAGCUUUAAAAUCCUCAUCUGUUGAUACCUUACCCAGAGUUAAGGGGGCUGUGUGCUGCUGGAGGUGGGGGUAGGAGUCUCCCUGUGUGGAAAGGGCAUUUCCAAAGCCAGCACAGCCAGGGCCUGAGCAAGCUUGCAGGUUGUCUGGGCGCACACUUGCACUGAGCGAUUUUCUUGGCAGCUCUACAGGAUGAGGCUCACUCUGUACACAGCCGACAUAUUGAAGCCGAGAGCCCAGGCGAACCUAGAUGCAGGAGGGGAGACAGCUCUGCACACAAUGUAGCGUCUCCUAGGAUGGUUGGGCAGCACCUUUUCUCAGACCUUGGUCACAGCGGAUUGGGAGACCAUUAUGAGAAUACUCACUGGGGACAGCAGCCCACUUUCCGAAGUGAAGCCAAUUGCAGCUGGGAUAAAGUGAUAAUAGACAGGACUGACAAGGAAGCGUGGCCUUCCAUUACAGGAACUGAGACUGAAUCUGCCUCAGAAUGUACUACAGACACUGACUCUGCCUCCAACUGUGGCUCAGAGAACAGUAGCAUGGCUACAGGGAGUGCCCAAGGCAACUUCACUGGACAUACAAAGAAACCCAAUGGCAAUAAUGGCACCAAUGGAGCACUCAUCCAAAGCACUUCUAACCAGAGUGCCCUUGGAGCUGGUGGAGCAAAUGGUAAUGGAAAUUCAGCCAGAGUGUGGGGUGUUGCCACAGGUUCCAGCUCUGGCUUAGCUCAUUGCUCUGCCAGUAGUGGGGAUGGAAAGAUGGACAACAUGAUUGGAGAUGGUAGAAGUCAAAAUUGCUGGGGUGCUUCCAACUCAAAUGCUGGCAUUAAUCUUAACCUUAAUCCAAAUGCCAAUCCAGCUGCCUGGCCUGUACUCGGACAUGAAGGAACUGUGGGAGCAGGCAACCCUUCCAGUAUUUGCAGUCCAGUCAGUGCCAUAGGUCAGAACAUGGGCAACCAGAAUGGGAACCCAACGGGCACCUUAGGUGCUUGGGGAAACUUGCUGCCGCAAGAGAGCACAGAACCACAAACGUCCACUUCUCAGAAUGUGUCUUUCAGCGUACAACCUCAGAACCUUAACACUGAUGGACCAAAUAACGCAAACCCCAUGAACUCUUCAUCAAACCCUAUCAAUGCAAUGCAGACAAAUGGACUGCCGAACUGGGGCAUGGCUGUUGGCAUGGGGGCCAUCAUCCCGCCCCACCUGCAAAGCCUUCCUGGUGCUAAUGGGACAUCAGUUUCUCAAGUCAGUGGGGGAAGUGGUGAAGGAAUGGGCAAUUCAGUGUGGGGGAUAUCCCCAGGUAAUCCUGCCACAGGAAACAGCAAUUCUGGGUUCAGUCAGGGGAAUGGAGACACUGUGAACUCAGCAUUAAGUGCUAAACAAAAUGGAUCCAGCAGUGCUGUACAAAAGGAAGGGAAUGGAACAAGUGCAUGGGAUUCGGGGCCUCCUGCUGGUCCUGGGAUCUUAGCAUGGGGCAGGGGCAAUGGCAACAGUGGUGUUGGUAAUAUGCAUUCUGGUGCUUGGGGCCACCCAAGCCGCAGCACCAGUAAUGGUGUUAAUGGUGAAUGGAGCAAGCCCCCAAACCAGCAUUCCAGCAAUGACAUCAAUGGGAAAGGAUCAACAGGGUGGGAUAGCUCCAGUGUUACCAGCCAGAAUCCUGCCAUGCAGCAGGGCAACGAACAAAUAAACUCUUGGGCCAAAGCUGCAGCGUCUGGCAACACAGGUAGUGAAGGCAGUAAUGAUAGCAAUGGGAGUCAGAAUGAAGGCAGUACUGGGAGGGAAGGAACUGGAGAGGCUCGAAGAAGAGACAAGGGAAUGAUAGACCAAGGACAAGUCCAGUUGCCAAGGAAUGAUCUUGACCCAAGGGUUCUGUCCAACACUGGAUGGGGACAGACUCCUGUAAGACAAAACACUGCCUGGGAAUUUGAAGAAUCCCCAAGGUCUGAACGAAAGAAUGACAAUGGAACUGAGGCCUGGGGUUGUGCAGCUACUCAGCCUUCAAACUCGGGGGGCAAGAAUGAUGGGUCCAUCAUGAACAGUACAAAUACCUCUUCAGUAUCUGGGUGGGUCAGCUCUCCACCUGCAACAGUUCCAACUAAUACAGGUUGGGGCGACAACAAUAACAAAGCGCCAAAUGGCCCAGGGGGGUGGGGAGAGCCGGCAAGUUCUACUGCUGUCAAUAAUGCUGCUGCUGCCAAAAGUGGCCACACUUGGAGUGGGACCACAAAUCAGGAGGACAAGUCGCCUACUUGGGGUGAACCUCAGAAACCCAAAUCUCAAAACUGGGGAGAUGUACAGAAAUCAAAUCCAGGCUGGACUUCAGGGGGUGGAGAUUGGGUUGAUUCCUCAUCUGUCCCUGGACACUUGGGAGAUGGGAAAAAGAAUGGUUCUGGAUGGGAUGCUGACAAUAGAGCAGGGUCUGGCUGGAAUGAUACUACACGUUCUGGGACCACUGGAUGGGGAAAUGGCACAAACAGCAAGGCUAAUACAGGUACGAGCUGGGGGGAAUCUUUAAAACCUGGUCCUCAACCGAAUUGGGCUUCUAAAUCCCAGGACAACAACGUGAGCAAUUGGGGAGGAGCUGCUUCUGUUAAACAGACUGGAUCAGGAUGGGUUGGUGGACCAGUGCCAGCCAAACAGAAAGAUUGUAGUGAAUCAACGGGGUGGGAAGAGCCCUCUCCACCAUCCAUUCGGCGCAAGAUGGAGAUUGAUGAUGGUACCUCAGCUUGGGGUGACCCAAAUUACAAUAACAACAAGACUGUAAACAUGUGGGAUAGAAACAAUCCUGUAAUCCAGAGCAGUACCACAACCGCCACCACUAGCACCACCAUUAUCAACGCAAACAUGGCUGAACCUCAGCCCCCGCACCAGUCAAGUGCCCAGUCAAACCGGUCCCCGCUGCUUGGUCCAGCAGGCUGGGGAGAGAUGCCUGCUAUCCAUGCAAAGCCUGAAGCUUCAUGGGGAGAGCCUUCCUCCCCUUCUGCUGCAGUUGAUAAUGGCACUUCAGCAUGGGGAAAGCCUCCCAGCAGUGGUACAGGGUGGGGAGAUAACUCUGCUGAGUCAGCAGGGUCAUAUGGAAGAGCAAGUGCACCAGCUGCUGCCCCAGUACUGUGCAAACCAGCUUCUAAAUCUUCUAUGCAAGAAGGCUGGGGCAGUGGUGGAGAUGAAGUAAAUCUCAGUACAAAUCAGUGGGAAGAUGAAGAAGGAGAUAUGUGGAAUAAUACUGCUUCACAAGAGAGUAAUUCCUCUUGUAGCUCCUGGGGGAAUGCUCCAAAGAAAGGACUUCAAAAGGGCAUGAAGACAUCUAGUAAGCAAGAAGAGGCCUGGAUCAUGAACCGUCUGAUAAAACAGCUCACAGACAUGGGCUUCCCAAGAGAGCCAGCAGAAGAGGCCUUGAAGAGUAACAGUAUGAAUCUAGAUCAGGCCAUGAGUGCUCUGCUGGAAAAGAAGGUGGAAAUGGACAAGCGUGGAAUGGGUGUGGCUGACUACAAUGGAAUGGUCACCAAACCCCUUGGCUGCCGCCCACCACCGAUCUCCAAAGAGUCUUCCAUGGACCGCCCCACCUUCCUUGACAAGGAUGGCGGCCUAGUGGAAGAGCCCACUACUUCACCAUUUUUGCCUUCACCAAGCCUGAAGCUCCCCCUUUCAAACAGUGCACUCCCUAAUCAGACCCUGGGUGGGAUUGCCUCAGGGCUGGGCAUGCAAAACUUGAAUUCUUCUAGACAGAUACCGAGUGGCAAUCUGGGUAUGUUUGGCAAUAGCGGAGCAGCACAAGCCAGGACCAUGCAACAGCCGCAGCAACCGCCAGUGCAACCUCUUAACUCAUCCCAGCCUAGUCUUCGUGCUCAAGUGCCUCAGUUUCUCUCCCCUCAGGUUCAAGCACAGCUUUUGCAGUUUGCAGCAAAAAACAUUGGUCUCAAUCCUGCACUAUUAACCUCGCCAAUUAAUCCUCAGCAUAUGACGAUGUUGAACCAGCUCUAUCAGCUGCAGCUGGCGUACCAACGUUUACAAAUCCAGCAGCAGAUGUUACAGGCUCAGCGUAAUGUUUCCGGACCCAUCAGACAACAGGAGCAGCAAGUUGCACGUACAAUCAAUAACAUGCAGCAGCAGAUCCAGCAGCACCAGCGCCAGCUGGCCCAGGCCCUGCUUAUGAAGCAGCAGCCACCCCCUCCACAUCUAUCUUUGCACCCCCCUGCAGGCAAAUCAGCCAUGGAUAACUUUUCACCCCAUCCCCAGGCUCCUGGCUUAUCUGACCUGCAGACCAAAGAGCAACAGUCUUCACCGAACACCUUUGCUCCUUACCCCCUUGGUACGUGCAGUUAUUUAAGGACCAGUUCAGAAGGAUCUGGACUGAACCCAAACAUGAAUGUAAACAGCAUGGACAUUCCUGGUGGUUUGUCAGUGAAGGACACUUCGCAGUCCCAAUCUCGCCUUCCUCAGUGGACACAUCCCAACUCAAUGGAUAAUCUCUCCAGUGCUGCUUCUCCACUUGACCAGAAUCCUAGCAAGCACGGUGCUAUCCCUGGAGGUCUGAGUAUUGGUCCUCCAGGAAAGUCCUCCAUUGAUGACUCUUAUGGCCGGUAUGAUCUGAUUCAAAACAACGAGUCACCAGCUAGUCCUCCUGUAGCCGUUCCUCACAGCUGGUCACGUGCCAAAUCUGAUAGUGAUAAAAUCUCCAAUGGCUCCAGUAUCAACUGGCCACCAGAAUUUCAUCCUGGGGUACCAUGGAAAGGAUUGCAGAACAUCGACCCUGAGAAUGAUCCUGACGUUACACCUGGAAGUGUUCCAACAGGGCCAACUAUUAACACCACCAUACAAGAUGUUAAUCGCUAUCUACUCAAGAGUGGAGGGUCAUCCCCAACAUCAUCUCAGAAUGCCACGCUGCCUUCAUCGAGUGCCUGGCCACUUAGUGCCUCCGGCUACAGUAGCUCUUUCAGCAGCAUUGCAUCCGCACCUAGCAUUGCAGGUAAACUGUCAGACAUCAAAUCAACGUGGUCCUCUGGCCCAAUUUCUCACACACAAGCCUCUCUGUCCCAUGAACUGUGGAAGGUGCCCAGAAACACUACUGCUCCUACAAGACCACCUCCAGGCUUAACAAACACCAAGCCAUCAUCUACUUGGGGUGCCAGCCAACUGGGUUGGACCAGCUCUUACUCCUCUGGCUCAGCCUGGAGUACUGACAGCUCAGGAAGAACAAGUAGCUGGCUGGUCCUCCGUAACCUCACACCCCAGAUUGAUGGCUCUACACUGCGUACUCUAUGCUUGCAGCACGGUCCUCUUAUUACAUUCCAUCUGAACCUGACUCAAGGGAAUGCUGUGGUUCGAUACAGUUCCAAGGAAGAAGCAGCGAAGGCCCAGAAAUCUCUGCAUAUGUGCGUUUUGGGGAACACUACCAUCUUGGCCGAGUUCGCUGGAGAAGAGGAAGUGAACCGUUUCUUAGCACAAGGCCAGCCACUGCCCCCCACCUCCAGUUGGCAGUCCAACACUGGAACCACUCAGACACGUUUGGGCUCCACAAGCAGCUCACACGGCAUGGUGCGCAAUGAUGCAGGCCACUGGAAUACCCCCUGCCUAGGUGGCAAAGGGAGCAGUGAUCUGCUCUGGGGCGGGGUCCCUCAGUACUCAAGCAGCCUUUGGGGUCCACCCAGUACCGAUGACGGCAGGGUUAUCGGAAGCCCAACGCCUUUGAAUACUCUGCUCCCAGGUGACCUUCUCAGCGGGGAGUCCAUUUAGGACACCAGAGAAACAAGAAACAAAAUGGAAGUAACAAUCAUCAGCACUAAAGGAAAAUAAUGGUAACCCUUUCCAGUCCAGGGCAUCGCGAAGAAUCCAGCUUUAAUAGAUCAGACUGGCAGCCCUUUUUUUUAGUACCUCUGUCCAAUAUCGACUAUGAAACUCUGCCGAAGUCCUUGUGAACUGUUAGUGCAACAGUAUGGGCUCCCUUUGGUCAGUGUCACGUGCUAAUGAUAGGUUUUAUGUGGGUUUUUUUCCAAUGGCUUUUUAAUUUUGUUUUUAUGUUUGUAUGGUGUUUUUAAAGACGUAUAAAAGCUGCUUAGACUAGUUCUAUCAUGAAGGGCACUUUUCAGAAUUUGGGCUGGAAAGGGUUAUUUUAUCAACUGUGGGAGUCGGGGAGGGAUGAAAGGGGGGGAGGGUUGUGAGAAAGCCUAUUUAAGAUGAGCCUGUGAUAAUUAUGCACAUUACCAGAGGCGGAUCCAGUAAUCAGUAGGGGAUGGCAUCCGACCAGCCCGUCAGCAGUCAGCAGCCUCAGGGGAACAAAUCCUAUGCCCCUCAGCUGCACGACUUGGAUUGAGAGGUGGGGUGGAAUAUCCAUGUCCACUACUCCCACGGGUCUUGCCUAUGCACAUUACACUUGUUUCAUUACUUUUUUGUGUCACUGUUUUUUCUUUAAAACUCCCCCCAAAAAAUUGUAAAAAAAAGAAGAAGAAGGUUUUUUAAAGAAACAUAUCAAACAUGCAACUAUACUUGAAUCCAGCAGGCCAAUAACAAAAUGUGAACACUUUCUAUUAUUACACUUCCAGGUCGGCACCAGAAAACAAAAGAACAGGCUCUAGGAAUAUUUUUGUUAAGUUCUUUCUUAUACGUAUGCAUUGGGGGAAAAGAUGGAUAGAUGUGUGAGCGUAUGGACGUGUGUGCGCGCCAGUUGUACAACUGAACAAAUUGUGUGACUUUUUUCCUUUCUUUCCUCCUCCCCACUUCUCAGUAUAUGCUUUUGAUUUGCUAUUUGGUCAAACGUUUAAUUGUUAUUAGCUUCUAACUUUGCACUGAGUGUCCACAGCCCUUCUUGUAGCUAAUCCUACUUGUUUUAAAAAAAGAAAAUUGAAAAAAAAACUGAUAAGAGGGGCUGGCGACAAUUCACGUGUAAAUGUUUACUCAAGGACUCUUACUGCAUUUUAAAAAAACUUACAGUGUGUAUCUCUGGAGAAUAAUAUGUAUAUCUACCUUUAGCAGCUUUUUAUUGUGGACUAAUGCAAGGAAAUAAGUACCGGAGUAUUGCACCAAUUUUUCCCCCAUUCGGAAUAUAAAGUUUUAAAAAAGGAAAAAAAAAACUCUUGUUGAACUGUGGCCAUAAAUACUUGUAAAGAGUGGAUGGUUCCCUGCAAGCCGGAACGGAAACAAGCACUUGGACAUAGGUUUUGACUGCUUUUGGAGGAGCCUACGGUUUCGGCUCCCACCUGUUUACAGACCUUUUUUUUUCCUCCUUCAAACUUUAAAAUAAAAAAAGGAAUUGAAAAAAAAGAAAAAAAAUAGACUUCCAUCAUAAAGAAACCUAUUUUCAGAAUGAAGAUAUGCUACUUCAGAGCUCUGGGAUUGAACAGUGUUUGUUGUUGUUGUUGUUAUUGUUGUUGUUGUUGUUGUUUAUCCUUUUCUUUGGCCAUUGCUGUGUACUCCUUUGUUGUUUUUUCCUCCUCUUCGUCAAGAGUGGCGAAAAAUAUUGUGAUCACUAUCUUGCACAUGGUGGAAGAUGUCUCAGGAAAGCCGGGUUUCCCGAGGAGCAACUCCACACCAUUUCAUGUAUUUUUUAAACCCAACUCCUAGCACUGAAGAUAUUAUUAAAAAAACAAAAUGAAAAAAAUAAAAAUAAAAAAGACAGUAAGAGAAGAAGAAAAAUACCUAAUCUAAUGUGUAGCAGUUACAUAUUUACCAAAUAAUGGACUCAAAAGAAAUAGAUGUUUGAAGAGUGCUUUAUAUAUUAAAAAUUGCUUUAUGUUUAAAAAUGAUCAAUGUUUUUGAUUGUUUUGAAAGGAAGAAAGACAAUGGAAUAACAUACCCUUUGAGUAUGUUUUAAAAAUUAUAUGAACAUUGUGCUCCCUGCCUGCUUGGAUCAGGAAACUUGUGCAUUACAUUUUUUGUUUUGUUAAAGAUUAGCUUUUUAAUGGUUUUGUCCAAUUAAAAAGGGUCCUGCAAGAUUGCAAAUCAACAAAAGCUGGUUUUCUAGAGGAUCAUGAACUAUGCACAGAUUGGGUUCCAGACUUGUGUUUUCUCAAGUUUUCGUAGUGUAUUUAGCUGAAUACCCUUUUCUCAGAGUGCUUGCAUCUCAUUGUCAUUACACGCACUCUACAUAUGUAUUGUGUAUAUAUAUAUCUCUCUCCCUUAAUACACACACAGACACACACACAUUAUAUUUAUAUAUAUAUAAUACAUAUGUGCCUAUGUGCGGAUUGAAAUAGUCAAUACAAUUUUCCAUGCUGAAGUUUAGUAAUGAGUUGUAGAAAAAGAACUCCUGAUCAUUUAAAAUUGGGGAUGGACAUAAAAAAAAGCAAAUACAUCCUGUUAAACUUUUGUUUUUGCCUUCUUUCAUUUUGAAUUCAAGAUGUCUGUAACUCUGAGAUGAAAAGAUAAAAAAAAAGUUUGUGGCUUUUAAUGUUAUUUCUCCUCAUAGAAUGUGAUUGUUAAAAACAUGCACCAGAAGUUGCUUUCAAGAGUACGAAGAUUCUUUGAAACUUAAUAAACUGCAGUUUUUCUUGGCUGUUAA